GUAUUCCACUUUGUGAAAAUAGGCUUAGAGGAUAGUCCACCCACGCGCACCGAGUGUUUGCUUCAUUCACGCACGCGCGUGCCUCGAAUGGCGUGCGACGCAUGUGCGCCUCCAUGGAUAGCGCAUCUGAGUGCUGAUCGGAACGCACGUCGUGCAGAUUAAUCCGCACACAUGCCUCCAUGGGUGCAUCCUGCGCACCAAUUGUUAUCUGGGCUCUUCCGUUUCGGUCAGUUUCUAAAGAUGGUGUCUUCUGUCAGUGGAGUAGUCUCUCUUGUGGUAAGACGAACGGCCUUGAAUUUCAAUCAGGGAGUCAGUAGUCCAGUGACCCAGUGUGUCUUCAAUUUAUUUGAUUUAUUCCUUUAUGGUGCAAUAUAUCCCACCGCUGUCCCCAAUUCUAAUGCCCAAAUUUUACCUAGCUUUCUUAUCGACAAUUCACUGCUCUCUGAUUGGACAUCUGAACGGGAUAGUUGUUGCCAUUAA